CCUGGAGUGUUACUGCUGGAUCAUACGGGUCUGAGCACGCCCGGAAGUGAGGUUAACAAGGGAGACUCCAAGGCCUUUUGUGGCAACAGUGGAGAGGGGGAACCAGCACUCCAUGAACAUGAGCCUGAAGUCCCCAGUGUCUGCUCCUCAGUUUGAGAGCAAAGGCAGCCAUAUUUCAGCGAGAAAUGGAAGCUGUUUUCUAGUCAGGCACACCCCUCAUCCCAGAAGGGUCUGCCACAUCAAAGGUUUGAAUAACAUUCCGAUCUGUACCGUGAAUGAUGAUGAGGACUCAUUCAGAACAUUGUGGGGUGCCGGCCAGUUCCACCACUCAGAGAAGGAUGAGAUACCGUAUGCCAAAUGCAGUUACCCACCCAGCACUGCAGCCCUGGAGAGCCCCGUCAGAGGAGCCUCAUCAGGCCCAAACAGGCUCAGAGCGCCCCCACGGCCUCAUUCUGAGCCCUGUCGAAAAAUCAAAGAGUGCUUCAGAACUUCCAGUGAGAAUCCCUUAGGACUUCAGAAGGAAGAAAUUAAGGUAAAAAACUCACCAUCACCACCAAAGGCAUGCUCUUCUGCUGGCUCUUGUUCUUCGGAGGUGAUAAGUGCCAAGACUGAUGUCAAAGAGAGCACUGUCUGCAUACCAAACUAUCUGGAUCAGGAAAUCAAAAUUCUGGAAAAGCUCUGUAACAUUUUACAGACUGAUUCUCUGGCAGAAGUUCUACAGUGGCUGCUUCAUGCAAGUUCCAAAGAAAAGGAGUGGGUCUCAGCUUUGAUUCAUGCUGAGCUGGCUCAGAUAAACUUGUUAACUCACCUCAGAAGAAACACCUCAGCAGAACCAGCAGCAGAGACUGGGAGGCCACAGAAAGUCAAAUCGCCCCCAAAUUCACCAGCAAAAUCAAAAGUGCUACCCAGAUCUAUGGAAAGACAUCAACUGAGCAGAGUGGCAAGCCAAGGAUCUGAAGGAAAUAAGGAAAUACCAAAAGAGGCUGAGCACAACCCUCCAUUGUUUAUAAGAAGAAAUAAAAUGAAAAUACCAGUUGCAGAAUAUUUCAGCAAACCAAAGUCUCCUCCCAGGCCUAAAACUCAGGAGAGCAUGUCAACGAAAGCAAUGUCAGCAAGGAAUAUACAACAAGGAUACAGUCUCUCUCCCCAAAGAGCAUUUUAUCCUGUAACACACCAAAGGUAGAAAUUCUAGACUGAGCUAAUUCUUUCACAAAUAUGAGUUUCACUUUGUUGCAACAUCAAAUUAUUAAAAAAUCUUUUUAGAAUGGAGGAAUCAAUAGCUCCUUGAUUUUGUGGCACAUGUAAAUUUCAAAGUGCCUGUAUAUAAUGCUACUAAAUAAAAAUUAAUGGAGACAACAUUUCUAUUUGUGAUUAAUUUAAGGCUAUGUGUAAAAAGAAGUAUGUUUAUUUACAUACUACAUUUUGCACUAGUCUUGCACUAUUAAUAUUAGUAUGUAAGCAUUAGGCUCUGAUACUAGAAAAAUCAUCCAUAAUCAGAAUUAGGCAGUUUUAAUUCAACACCUACCCCAAACUCUAAUAGAAAAUAAACAACAACAACAAUAAACAAACAGAAUUUUAACAUCUGAGCUACUUUCUGCAAUCUACAGUUUUUCAAUGUUGUUGGACUAUUAGAAGAAUUCUCACCUCUCCCCAAAAAGAAGAGAUAUAAAAAUGAUUCCUAACUUAUGAGCCAGAAAGAAGCCAGUUUCCAUUCACUGCUCAUUGUGAAAUGAUGUUAACACACUUCCUAAUAUUGAACUUCUGUAUUUUGAAUAAACCACU